CAUCUCUGGUUGGGUCAUAUGAUCUUCUUCCGUUCGGCUGUUUAUUGUGGGAAGCCAGAAGCUAAACAUGGCGGAUUUUGAGGAGCGCCGGGGUUUAUUAGGAGACGAGAAUGAAUGUCCGGCCGCAGGUGGACAGGGAGCCGGCGGAGCCAGCAGACCGAUGGCUGCUAUCUGCGACCCCAGCCACCUCCUCCACCGGGUGGUGGUUCUGGUGUUUAUGUGCUUCCUGGGAUUCGGAAGCUACUUCUGUUAUGAUAAUCCAGCUGCUCUCCAAACCCAAGUUAUUCAGGAUUUGAACCUGAACACUGCGAGUUUCAUGCAGCUGUAUGCCUGGUACUCCUGGCCAAAUGUGGUUCUCUGCUUCUUGGGAGGAUUUCUGAUUGACAGGGUUUUUGGCAUCAGGCUUGGAACCAUCAUAUUUUCCCUUUUUGUCUGCAUUGGACAGGUAAUAUUUGCAGCGGGAGCAUGGUCCAAUCAUUUUUGGCUGAUGGAAGUCGGGCGUUUUGUAUUUGGUAUUGGGGGAGAGUCGCUAGCUGUGGCCCAGAACACGUAUGCAGUGAACUGGUUCAAAGGCAAAGAGCUGAACCUUGUGUUUGGCCUUCAGCUCAGCAUGGCUCGAUUGGGCAGCACAGUGAACAUGAACAUCAUGGGUUGGGUGUAUAGCAAAGUCGCAGUUGCUGUUGGCUCCCCUGGAUACACCACACUUGGAAUAUCACUCAUGAUUGCUGCUGGAACCUGUGUCUUUUCUCUACUAUGUGCCUUGGUGCUGGCAUUUUUGGAUAAAAGAGCAGAGAGGAUCCUCCACAAGGAACAGGGGAAAACUGGCGAGGUUAUAAAGCUGACUGAUGUGAAAGAUUUCUCCCUAGCCCUGUGGCUCAUCUUCAUCAUUUGUGUAUUUUACUAUGUUGCCAUUUUCCCAUUUAUUGGACAAGGCCAGGUUUUCUUUAUUGAAAAGUUCAACUUCUCUCCAGCUCAAGCCAGAGCCGUUAACAGUAUCGUAUACAUCAUCUCAGCACCUGCAUCUCCAAUUCUCGGCUUUAUUGUUGAUAAGACUGGGAGGAAUGUAGGUUGGGUCUUUGCUGCAGUCAUCGCAACACUUGGCGCUCACAUGAUGCUGGCCUUCACCUUCUGGAACCCAUGGAUCGCUAUGUCCCUGCUUGGUGUCUCAUACUCCCUACUAGCCUGUGCUUUGUGGCCAAUGGUGGCCUUUGUGGUGCCUGAACAUCAACUGGGAACAGCCUAUGGCUUCAUGCAGUCCAUCCAGAACCUAGGACUUGCUGUGAUUGCGAUUAUAGUAGGAGUCAUUGUGGAUGUAAGAGGAUACCUGGUGUUGGAAGUGUUUUUCUGUGCCUGUAUUUGCAUUGCUCUGAUGGCAGUGGUGGGGCUCUAUUUUGUGGAUUAUCUUAAAGGUGGAGGUUUGAACCAGUCAGCUGCAGCCAGAGCUAAACUACAGAAGGAGACCUCUACAAAUGCAGAGUGAGUAGCCUUAAUCUUCCACCUCUCCCAUCCACAUAACUACUGUUUAAACUGAAGGACUAACCUAUACUGGUUUAGAGACAGAUGACCAACCAGCUUCAUAAGAGCACUUAGGAAGUUCAGUUAGAUCUAUUUUAUUAGAGUAUAAUUUAAAAGUUUUGCAAUCUCUGUGAUUGCUACAACUGAUUUACCAAUCUUUUCAUGACAAUUGAUUGAUUAUUCGAAAGUGCAAAUUCAUACAAAAACCCCUAAUGCAUGAGUCACAUAACACCUUUAGGAUUAUUGAGUGAACAGUAGCAUUUUUACAAGCCUCAGAAGUACGUUUUAACGCCCCUUUAUAAAUGGUGUAUUGAACUGGUUGGCUCAUUAGACUUUAUUGUGCUUUUAGGUGGCUGUUAUUGCAUACCCGCUAAUAGCCAUCCUGCAUGUUUAUUACAAAUGUCAAUGCUCAUGGCCUUAUAUCUUUUAUUUUUUCUUAAACCAGACACAAACAGCUUGUUUCCAUAAGGUCCAUUAAAUUUCCAUCCUCAAUUUAUCACUAAUAAUGUUAUUUGUCAGGUGUUAGUUACCUCCUGCUGGCAUUUUGGUGAAGAUUUGGGGAUGUAAAGGAUCUUGUGGCAAACAGGUUUCCUUACACACCCUGUGCUUUUGAAAGCUGAUUCAUUCGACCCCUUUGGUAUGAAGUGAAGUCAUAUCAUUACUGAUGUGUUAAAGAUGUUGAGUCAUGAGACAUUUUGUUGGUCUCUAAAGGAAAUACAAAUACCUUGUUUUAGUCAUUUUUCAAUACAUCAUUAAUAGCUAUACAAUUUUUACAAAAAGAAACCAAAAACUUUUAAAGUUUUAUUAAAACAAUAUUUUUCAUGGGGAUUUUAAUGUCUAAACCAGUGCUGUGGUUAUGUUCAACUUGGAUCCUACACAAUUAUUGUUUCAAACACUUCAAUCCUUAUGUUUUUUGACAGUGGUUAAUACUUUAAAGGGAAUGGUAUAACAAUGUGCCCCUAUAAUAUACUACAUGGAGUGGCUCGACACCUGAUUGUUCCCCUCUGCCUGAGAAAUUCAUAUAUAUACACUUUUAGUGUAUUGCAGUAAUUAGAUUACACUUCUGCAGCAUUUAAAAAUGGAAACAACUAGCUGCAUACAGCUUGGGUGAUAACACACUUGCUAAUGGGAGGUGCUUUGUAUCCGAUUCAUUUUUAAAACACUCAUUCACAAAAACACCUCAGAAAUCAAAAUUUGUCAUAUUUGCAAGCAAGUGAAAAGUUGCCUCCUCCACUGAACACAAGGGAAUAAACUAGAUUUAAGUAGAAAUGCUGCAGUUUCUAAGAAAUCCAAACAGGGUUACAACUAAAUACAUACGUUAUAGCCUUUUAAAAACUGAUAUAAUGAAAACAUGAA